GGCUAGCCUGUAUUCACGUAACACUGGACAACAUGGCUAGCCUGUAUUCACGUAACACUGGACAACAUGGCUAGCCUGUAUUCACGUAACACUGGACAACAUGGCUAGUCUGUAUUCACGUAACACUGGACAACAUGGCUAGUCUGUAUUCACGUAACACUGGACAACAUGGCUAGAAUGAAAAGUACAGGGUCGUUUUUUUUAACCAUUUGAACUAUCAAGGGGUGUUGCCCUUUGUUUAAAAAAUAAAUAAAUAAAUAAAAAGUGUUGCCCUUUAUCACCAUAUCUAUUUGUAAUGGCCAAUGAAUUGCUGGCAAUGAAAAUCUGAGCAAACUAUAACAUUCAGGGGUUGAAGAUAAAUAGGGUAUAUUAAGAUAUGGAUCAUAUGGUGUACCACUGUAAGACAGUAUAGCAAAAAAUGGAUCAUAUGGUGUACCACUGUAAGACAGUAUAACAAAAUGGAUCAUAUGGUGUACCACUGUAAGACAGUUUGUGUUGAAUAAGCAUGCUUUCAAAAACAACACAGAACUUUAGACCUAACAAUAAACCACCAAUCAUUAAUCAGAUGUGUAAAUGAAACAUGAACCACAAAAGUAGCAUUGUAAGUAUUAGCUGAACAUGUGAAACUCCUUUAAGAUUACAGUGAUGUCACGUCCCCAUAGACCUAUUUAAACGGUGAGGCAGAACCACUCGCACAGACCUGAAGAAUCACACAGGAAACGACCCAGCCAACCUCUGAGGAAACUGCUGAACACAACCAUGAAGGUGCUCAUUGUACUGACAGCCCUGUCCUGCGUACUGGUGGAGUCUCUAAUGUUCCAGCCCCUGGACUGUGCUGACAUCUACAACAGCGGCUCGGGUCAUAGUGGUGUGUACAGGAUCUAUCCUGCAGGACCCAACUCCCCCCGUUAUGUAUACUGUGACAUGGACACACAGGGGGGGAAGUGGACAGUGUUCCAGAGGAGGAUGGAUGGAACGGUCAACUUCUUCAGAGGAUGGGAGGAGUACAAGAACGGGUUUGGACACGCAGCAGGAGAGUACUGGUUAGGUCUGGAGACCAUCCACCUACUAACUCUGAAGAAGAACUAUGAGCUGAGGGUGGAUAUAGAGGACUUCAAUGGACAGAGGGUCUAUGCCAACUACACCUCCUUCUCCUUAUCUCCCCAGGCAGUCAAUGCUGAGGUGGAUGGAUACAGACUCCAUGUCAGUGGCUUCAGGAAUGGAGGCGCUGGUGAUUCUUUGGGACAUGUCAGUGGAUCGAAGUUCUCUACUUUUGACAAAGACCAGGAUUCAAAUAGUGGUAACUGUGCCUCAGUUUAUGGGGGUGGGUUUUGGUUCAAUAACUGCCUCUACACCAAUCCAAAUGGCUUCUAUUUGUGGGGACUGACACGUACUGAUGGAUGCAGCUGGUACACCUGGAAAAAUACCUGGGAGGGCAUUAAGUCCAUCUCCAUGAAGAUCAGACCGGUUUUCCUCAGUCAGUUUGGACUUGAGAUAAACCAGCUGACGGAAGACAAGCCACAGAGUUCUAAGUGUAUAAUAAGAUCACCUCCACUUAGCCUGUCAGUCUGUCCUGACUCUGAGACGACCUACCCCAAAGCUCCGUCGACGCUCUGUGUGUGGGCGUAAUUCUGCCACGCCCUUCACCCCGCCAUUAUGGUCAAUGUGCCAACAUAGGCAUCACCAGAGUACCUGGCGGAUCUCGACUGGAU